UACUUUGUGUAAUGGUUAUACUGAGCUCAGACUUGCCUGUGAGGAAGAUCAGCUUCAGAGGAAGAAAAUCGAACAAAAUGGGUGGAAAGAAAUCAACACCGACGCCUCCAGAAGACUUUGAUAAACCAUUCAGAAACGUGGACUGGAACGCAAAGGAACUCUUGAAAUCUCAGUUAAGUGGAUUUCAGUUUAACCAUCCAGGAAUCAGCCAAUUCAGAAUCCUGCUUCAUGGACCCGUUGGGGCUGGGAAAUCCUGCAUUAUAAACUCCACGGAGAGCGUAUUCAAAGGAAGAAUUGUAGUAAAGGCAGAGGAAGAGACAUCUGCUGGAAAGAGCUGCACAAAAACAUUUAAUCCUGCUUCUCCACUGAUUGACUCGGACCCAGACUUCAUAACGGAACCCAGGCCAGAUGACAAAGUUCACUGUUUGGUGAGUGUAGUGCCUGCAGCUAGCAUCUCCCAAAUGGCAGAAGAUGUUAUUCAGAAGAUGAAAACUGUCAGGAAGAAAGCCGUCAGUUUGGGCAUCCCUCAUGUGGUUCUGAUGACGAAGAUAGAUUGUCUUGGUCCACUGGUUAAGAAGGAUCUAAGCCAAGUUUACAAAAGCAGGAAAAUCAAAGAAAAGAUGGAGGUAUGCAGCCAAAGACUUGGUCCACCAAUGAAAUGCAUCUUCCCAGUGAGCAACUAUUAUGAGGAGAGUGAAAUAAAUGAGAAAAAAGACGUGCUUAUUCUGAUGGCAUUAAAGGAAAUUUUGUUUGGAUUUGUUAAAGAUUAUUUCGAAGAUGGUAACAUCUGAGUUCUCUGCUAAAGCACUCCCUCUUCCUUUUCCAUUUGAUAUAGGAAUUGGGAUUGAGUACUUUAUGUAACUCGUGUAACUAUGAGCAUCAGUGACCAACUAAUGUUACAAUAAUCUGUUAAUUCCAGACCCUUAGUGGUGUUGCAGGUUUUUGUUUUAUGGCACUUAUUCAUUAUUCUGUUCAUUCUGCACACUCAUCAUUCAGCAGCGUAUAAAAUAACACUUGAUCCAGCACAUGCUAUGACAGUUACUUAUGCACACCACGUAAUGCGGUCACAAGAGACUAACUCAAGGUUAUAAAAGUGUAAUGUGUGCAUGUGAUGUAGACGAAUUUAUAGCUCAUUUAAUUAGUAAAUUAAUGCUACUCAUCUGCUAUGCUUCAGCUCACUUGUUCAUCAUUUUAUCCAUGUAAAUCAUCCACAGUAGAGAAAAGCAAUGUGUCUGAUCAAGGUAAUGCCUCCUGUUAUGUCCUGUUACAUGUUACAUGUGACACCUUGUCCAGUUUAGCAGUAUUUAAUUAUGUAAUUUUGAUAUUUUAUCUUUAUUCUUCAGUGAAUGGGAAUUAUUGCAUUAAUAAACAUACAACUAUAACAGCU